UUAGAGUUGGAAUGUUUACUGAUUCUCGAAAUUGAGAACAAUUAACGAGGAAACAGCCUUUGGCCUUAACAUCUGUCUCUUAUUUUGUAUAAUAAGCGCAUUGAGCGCUGAACUCUGAUUUAGUGUCGCCACCUAGUGUUAACAUGUUGUAUAGUUCGACGCUUGUCCCAGGUCACAUGACUAAACCCGGAAAUGUUUUUGUGUUUAACGGUGGAGUGAUCAGACAGCCUUCAUUUAAUAGAUUUUUUUUACAAUAAGACGUGAUUUUCUGACAGUUCCAAAAGUGUGCUGGAAUAGAAAUGUAGGAAAAGUGUUUUAAAGCAGUCAUGGUGGUGUGCUUUCUCAUCCACACCGUGUGUCCGGUGAGCGCGCUCUGUGCCGGUGAGAGCCGGGUUCUGUACUCUCGCCUGUUCGGCCCGGAGGAACCCACACUGCUGCACCGAACCGCCGAGCAGCAGCGACUGGCCCACAAGGAGACUCUCGGGCUUGUGGCCAGGCAGGUGCGCAGAGCUGUGUCUGCAAGCCGGGAGGCGUCAGGCAGAGUGCUUGUGGAGGCUGGGCUCGGAGAAGAGGCCACGGCUUUGAGUGAGGCUGAAUAUGGUGUGUUGUCUUUGGCUCACGGGGAGCCAUUUGCAGGGCGCUGUGUUGUUCUGUGGCUUGGGGUUCAGGCUCUGGCCUUCACUCUGGUGUGUCAGCCACAUGAGAACCUGCUGCUUGCCGAGGGAACUCUGCGGAACCUGACACGCCACUGCUUGGAGGAAUUGCGUCUGCUUGGACCUGGAAGUGAGGUGCUGUUAAAAAGUGACCGCGUGGAUGCAAUGCUUCAGAGGCUUCUUCCCCAUGGGCAGCUCCUCUUCCAUAACCAUCGCUUUACACAUACAAUGGACAAAGAGCUAUCCAGCUACAUGGGCAAAUAAAACAUCUGGAUAUGUGCUGCAAGUUUUCAGAGAAGCUCUUCAGUUCAGUUUAAAGCCAGAAAGAAAUUGACUGAAAGUUUUACAUCUCAUGGAACCACACAUGCCUAACUGGUUGCCAGUGGUGUUAUUUAUGUGCUUAUUUCUAUACCUUUAAGACAGCAAUAUCGGCCAUGUCAAGGAGAGAGUGUUACUGAGUGUGGCAAAUUCAUAUCUGAGGCAAAUGGAAGUGUGUGUGUGUGUGUGUGUGUGUAAGAAUGCUGUGGGAGUUACAUGUUGGAACUGUUAUAAUCUUCUAUAUUCCCAUAAAGCACACCUGUGACACCUCAUAUCAAAAAAUGAGGGUAUGUUAGUUCACAAUAUAAUAAAUGUGAUAAUGAAUGAUGUUUCUGCGUGCAUCAGUCACACACACAGGUAAAUCCCCUCACCUCUGAGUCUCAGGUUCCAUUAGGGGGCAGUGUUGGCUCAGUGUUGUAUUGAGGAUGUCUAUGAAAUUCUUGAUAAUGAUUGACAACCUGACAUUCUUCACUGUCACUUUCUCAUCUGAAAUGCUAAAACAGAAAACAGUGAUGUGUGAACAGAAUGCUAAUUGGCAUGAUCUGGGAUGACAUGGUGGAAUCAAGUUUUAAUUUUGGCUCUGUGAAGUUUAUUGCAAAUAUUUAAAUGACAAGCUACUAGUGCAUGACUUAAUUAGAAUAACUAGUGAUUGCAAAAUCUUUCUUUAAAUAUGUGUGAAACAGGGCAGGUCUUUGCAAUGCUUUGGCAUUUAACUAGCCUGAGCUUAUUUGUUUUGUCAUAUACUGUACCUUCAAACUUUUAGCAACACAUUUGUAGGCUCCAAAAAUGGCAGCACAACUUAGAUGUGAAAUUUGUUUUCUAUUUGUGCUCACAACUUUUCAUGUGGGGUUAGUUAAAGCUACAGUGCAUAGGUUCUUUUGUAAAAACUGUAAAUAAUUUGAUUAUUGUCAUUAGUGAUCAUUUAUAAUCAGCUAUUCCAGGGCUGUUGUGACUCACCCUGACAAUCUUGUGUCAGGUGGGAACUGGUGUGAAAUUUGUACCCAUACAUCAUACACUACAUGGCCAAAAGUUUGUGGACACCUGACCAUCACACCCAUAUGUGGGCCUUCCCCAAACUGUUGAUACAAAAUUGGAAGCACACAAUUGUGUAGAAUGUCAUUGUAUUCUGUAGCAUUACAAUUUCCCUUCACUUCACUGGAACUAAGCGGCACAAACCUGUUGGGUCCAAACCUGUCCUCAACCCCGAUGAACACCUUUGGGAUGAACUGGAACGCUGACUGAGCCCCAAGCCUCCUCACCCAAUAUCAGUGCCUGACCUCACUAAUGCUCUUGUGGUUGAAUGGGUACAAAUCCCCACAGUCAUGCUCCAAAAUCUAGUGGAAAGCUUUCCUAGAAGAGUGGAGGAUAUUAUAACAGCAAAAGGGGACUAAAUUUGGAAUAGGAUGUCCAAAAAGCACAUAUGGGUGUGAUGGUCAGGGAUCCACAAAUUUCUGGUCAUUAUAUGCAUCAUAUGUCAUCAUGCCUCAGUUUUAACCACGAAAGAAGUUCAACUACAUGGUGACAGGCAGCCAAUCAGAAGGGAGAGUGAAUGUGAGUCAAAUAUAAUACUAUAAUGAAAAAGAUUUAAGACCGAUGGACUUGCAUCUGUUUUUUUUUUUGUUUUUUUUUUUGGCUAAAAAAGGUAAAGCAUUUAUUUGUUCUUUAAUUUGGUUGAAAGUUAUGAUAAUGAAUGAUAGUCAGCUGGUUUAUCCUUAUUGUGUAGUUUGUAUCAUUACCCGGUUGACAGGUUGUAUAGCUAGAGAACUCAUGAUAGUCAGCUAGUGCCUAAUGUGAGGUGCCUGUGAGUUUCUCUGUAUUUUUGUAUUUCACCCGUGGUUAUAUCUGGUGAUAGUGAGUGAUUAAUGAGGGUUUUAGCUUGUGUACUAACGCUAUCCGGUUCAUACCAAACUUUUUUGGUUUUGCUCUUUCAUCUGCUACUCAGUAACUGUGACCGCCACACUGAUGAGCACAAUAAAUUAUUUUAUUCUCAUAAUACUUCUGUAAUACUGAGCAGUUAAAAGGACCAUGCUUCAAACUGUGUACUACCAUACUAAAUAGAAUAUCAUUACAUGAUUACUAUUUAGGCAUAUUACGAAGUGUGUAUUAUGCUGUUUGGGACCCAGCCUUCUAUCUGAACGUGUGCACGUGUAGCCGUGAGAUUAACAGAAGAAGAGUGCAGCAUAGCCCACUUCAUGAAAUUGCAUUGUGAUAGUAUUUUUCUACCAGAGAGGGCAAAAUUCCAAAAUCUUCCAUCCUGUAGCUUUAAUUUUGGGUCUCGGCAGAUCCACAUGCUAUGAACAUUGACUAAGAGCUGUUUGUGAAACUGCUGCUGCCGCUGAAUGUCCACCAUCAACCUCUUUGUCCUUUUCAGCAUGAUGAUUAUAUAUGUCUCUGUAGCACUGUGUUUCCCUCACAUGCACAGAAAUAUGCAUAAAUGUGUUCAAAACAUGAUCAAGGUCAUAUUAUCAUUCUUUAAUGUUCCAGGUAGUUUCUUUUCAAAGCUCCUGGGCAAAAUGUAUCAAUCCACUAGAUUGAGGGCACCAUUAAUAUACAGUCCUUUACUGUAGAGAAAAUAAUUUCAGAAUGCUGCUGGGUAGUACACCACAAACACAAUUAUUUCAGAAAUCAUAGAAAAUUUCUUGGCAUAUUUACAUCUGUGUCAACUGUGAAAUCUGUUAUUCAUCCGUCUAAUGAUGCUGUACUAAAUUGGGAAUAUUUUUCCUCCAGACUCUAAUAAAUGCCCAGAGUAAUCACAUUUA